CCAGCGGCCGGGCAGAGCCUCAUUUGUUCCCCUUGACAGCCCCGGGAGGCUGCCCGGCCACUUCAGCACCCCCACUUCCCCGCUGAGGAAACUGAGGCAGAGGAGGCUCAGAUCUACGCCCCUUUCUCUCCUGACUCUCCGGCCGGCCUCUCGUGACCUGCACACCGGGGACGGCCCUCCCUGCCCAGGAUCUACCAUGGCCCCACUGGCAGCUCAGCCCGCCGGAAGGUUCCGCAGGACUCCCCACCAUGGCAGCCUCCUGCUCCUGUUCUUCAGCCUCGGGUGGGGGCAGCCCUGGCAGGCCCAGGCCGGAGAGGCAGGACAGGAGGCUGCACUCCCGGACCAGGUCUUGGCCAACGUGUCCAGCUUCGCCAGCCUCCCCCCAGGCCUCCUCGGCGGCUUCACGUGUGCCGAGGUGUCCGGCCUGAGCACGGAGCGUGUCCGGGAGCUGGCUGUGGCCGUGGGGCAGAAGAACGUCACACUCCGAGCAGAUCAGCUGCGCUGCCUGGCGCACAGCCUCUCUGCGCACGGAGUGCCGGGGGACCUGGACGCCUUCCCGCCGGACCUGCUGCUGUUCCUCAACCCGGCCGGGCUCGAGGGGCCCGGGGCCUGCGCCCGAUUCCUCUCCCGCAUCUCUGAGGCCAACGUGGACCUGCUGCCUUGGAAGGCUCCGGAGCGGCAGCAGCUGCUGGCCGCGGCUCUGGCCUGCCGGGCCGUGCGGGGGUCCCGGGUGAGCGCGGCUGACGUGCAGGCCCUGGGAGGCCUGGCCUGUGACCUGCCCGGGCGCUUCGUGGCCGACUCGGCGGAAGUCCUGCUGCCCCGGCUGGCCGGCUGCCCCGGACCCCUGGACCAGGACCAGCAGGAGGCAGCCCGGGCAGCUCUGCAGGGCGGAGGACCCCCGUAUGGCUCCCCGGCGAAUUGGUCGGUCUCCACCCUGGACGCCCUGCAGGGGCUGCUGCCCGUGCUGGGCCCAGACAUCACCGGCAGCAUCCCCAAGGGCGUCGUGACCUCGUGGCUGCGGCGCACCUUCGGGAACCCGUCCUGGCAGCGGCGGCCGGAACUGACCGAGGUCCUCCCGCCGAGGUUCCGCCGGGAAGCAGAGAACGUGACCUGCCCCCUGGGGCGGGAGGUCCGCGUGGUGGACGAGAGGCUGGUCUUCUACAAGGAGUGGGAGCUGGAGGCCUGCGUGGACGGGGCCCUGGUGGCCGCCCAGGUGGACCGCGUGAACGCCAUCCCCUUCACCUACGAGCAGCUCCGCGUCUUUAAGCGCAAGCUGAACAAGAUCUACCCGUGGGGCUACCCUGAGUCCCUUGUCCAGCAGCUGGGCAGCUUCUUCCUGACCAUGAGCCCCCAGGACAUCCGCAAGUGGAACGUGACGUCGCCGCCCACCGUGAACGCCCUGCUCAGCGUCAGCAAGGGGAGGAACGCAGACGCCCAGGUGGCCGCCCUGAUUGCGCGGUUCGUGUCGGGAGGCGGCCAGCUGCAGGGGGACACCCUGGACGCCCUGGCCGGCUUCCGCCCCACCUACCUGUGCUCCUUCGGCCCCGCACAGCUGGGCGCCGUGCCCCCCACCGUCAUCUGGGCGGUGGGGCCCCAGGACCUGGACGCGUGCGGCCCGAGGCAGCUGGGCGUCCUGUACCCCAAGGCCCGCCUGGCCUUCCGGAACGUGAGCGGGGCUGCAUACCUGGAGAAGAUCCGGCCCUUCCUGGGCGGGGCCUCCACGGAGGACCUGCGCGUCCUCAGCCGACAGAACGUGAGCAUGGACGUGGCCACCUUCAGGAAGCUGCAGACGGAGGCUGUGGUGGGGCUGACGGUGCCGGAGGUGCAGAAGCUCCUGGGGCCGCACGCGGGGGGCCUGGCAGCCGAGCAGAGCAGCAGACCCGUGUGGGACUGGAUCCUGCGGCAGCGGCAGGACGACCUGGACGCCAUGGGGUUGGGGCUGCGGGGCGGCGUCCCCAACGGCUACCUAGUCCUGGAACUUGGGAGGCAGCCCCGGCAGGUGGAGGCAGACGGGCCUGACCCCCCGUCUCCCCCAGAGGCCCUCUCGGGGGGGCGCUGCCUGCUGGGCCCUGGCCCCGUGCUCCCCGCCACCCUGACGCUGCUCCUGGCUCUGGCCCCGCACUGAGGCCGCUGCACGAUGCCCCCAGCCCCAGUCCCGCCUCGGAGCUCCCCCCACCCGGCCGGGAGCAGGCCUGGGGGGCUCCUGUCCAGCCGAGAGGCCUUCAACUCAAUAAACGGGCUGUGCCCACUGCA